CUUACUACAGCUAAUUAGCAUGUUUGUUUGCUCGCCUUUAGACACGUCACAAGUGCGUGAAACACGCCUAAAAAAAUAGAUUUUGGAACGGGACACACAUGGAGGACAUGAGGCCCGGCGUGGCUUGCUUGGACGUCGACGUGUCGAGUCGCCUCGCUUGCGAAACGCCGGCGCGGGCCGGACAAUAGCAUCCCCGAAGCUAGUUUAGCUUAGCGAAGAGGAAGCCAUUAAAGAAAAUAUACGUCGGCGUUUUGUUGACUGACAGUGGCUCAACUAGUUUGUGAGGCUCGGCGCUGAGAGUUUUUGGGUGUGUCUUUUGCCGCCACAGGUUUUCACGUAUAUUGGAGGGGGCUGGGGCGGGGGGGAAUUCGAUUUCGCCUUUUAAAGUGCAGCUAUGGAGGACUUGAGCUCCAUCAGCCUGCUGUCUCUUGCCAUGCUGGUGGGCUGCUAUGUGGCCGGGACCAUUCCCUUGGCAGUCAACUUCUCUGAGGAGAAGCUGAAGCUGGUCACCGUGCUGGGGGCGGGGCUCCUCUGCGGCACGGCCCUCGCCGUCAUCAUUCCCGAAGGCGUCCACGCUCUUUACGAGGAAAUCCUGGAAGGGGGCGGACAUCACCCCCCGAGCCAGGUGGGCGUUGUCGUCGAGGCGUCGGAGGCCAAGGCGGAGGUGGGGGCGGCGGCGGCGGCCGCGCUGGGCACGGACGGCCACCACGAGCACGGCCAAGAGCAUCUGCACGCCUGCAUCGGCGUCUCGCUGGUGCUGGGCUUCGUCUUCAUGCUGCUGGUGGACCAGAUCGGCUCGUCGCACAUGCACAGCGCCGAGGAUUCAGAAUCUGCGAGAGUGGCCUCCUCCAAAAUGACCACCACGCUCGGUCUAGUGGUGCACGCUGCCGCUGACGGCGUGGCCCUCGGCGCCGCCGCCUCCACCUCUCAAACCAGCGUCCAGCUCAUCGUUUUUGUCGCCAUCAUGCUUCACAAGGCCCCCGCCGCGUUCGGCCUGGUUUCCUUCCUAAUGCACGCCGGGCUGGAGAGGAAUCGCAUCCGCAAGCACCUGCUGGUUUUUGCCCUGGCCGCGCCCGUCCUGGCCAUGGUCACCUUCCUCGGACUCAGCCAGAGCAGCAAGGAAGCGCUGUCAGACAUCAACGCCACCGGCGUGGCCAUGCUUUUCUCGGCCGGCACCUUCCUCUACGUGGCGACCGUGCACGUGCUGCCCGAGGUGGGCGGCGUGGCGGGCCACAGUCACGGCGGCAACGGCGGCAAGAGCCUGAGCAAGGUGGAGGUGGGCGCCCUGGUGCUCGGCUGCCUCAUCCCGCUGCUGCUGUCGGUCGGCCAUCACCAUUAGGAUGACGGUGAAAACGAAAAACUUGCGAACGUUGGAACUGGUCUGGUCACGCCUGAUUUUUUUUUUUUUUCCGUUUUUGUUUUUUGUUCCUUUUUUACAGUGUACAGAUCUCUUAGACAGAUUUAAAAGUGACGUUCAAGUGCCAUUGUAGCUGGACCGCCGCUACUUCCUGCUUCUGGGACGUUGUGUACGUUUUCUUUCUUUAAGGUGGACAAGGUUUCUUUCGUAACGCCAAUUAAAGGGAAAAUCCAUAAACUACAACAGAUCUGGACUAUAAUCACUAAAUUCCCUUUCAUCUCUUAAAUGCAGUCAGUGGAAAUCAGGACUCUUUUGCCCGUUGGGAUCGAGCGACCUUUUGAAACAUUUAGGGCAGGA